AUGACUCUAGGUGCCGAUAUGUCUGAUCAUUCUCUGCUCUCUGAGGAUACGGAUAUUGAUGUGGUCGGUGAUAUGAACGGCAAAGAGGGGAAAUAUGGUAGUUUUCACUCAGACAAUGAUUCCGAUGAUAACUUAAGCAGAAACGUUUCUGAGAAUGUCGAGUCGCCGGACUUGUCCAGCGGAUCUGAUCCAAGUACAACCCGGGGCAGUGACAAGCCGUGUAAAAGUACUCUGGUGAAACCUCCUUAUUCUUACAUCGCUCUGAUCACUAUGGCCAUCCUCCAGAGUCCAAAGAAGAGACUAACACUGAGUGAAAUCUGUGAGUUUAUCAGUAAUCGUUUCCCCUACUACAGAGAAAAGUUUCCUGCCUGGCAGAACUCCAUCCGACACAAUCUGUCCCUCAACGACUGCUUCGUGAAAAUCCCCCGGGAGCCCGGCAAUCCCGGCAAGGGCAACUACUGGACCCUCGACCCCGAUUCUGCAGACAUGUUUGACAACGGCAGCUUCCUUCGCAGGAGGAAACGCUUCAAAAGGCAACAACCGUCCGAGAUCUUGAGAGAUCACAGCAGCUUCCUGCCAAGUUUUGGAUAUGGACCUUAUGGCUGCGGCUAUGGCAUCCAGCUGCAGAAUUUCCACCACCCCCAUCACCAUGCGUCACCCAGCACUUUCCCAUUCCAAUCUCCACACUGCGCAGUGCCAUCUCCAGCCUCAAUGUUUCAAACUCCAGCCAUCCCCUCGCUUUUACACGGCAGCGACCUAACCAGGAAAUCCUUCUACCCACAGUUAAGUCCCACUCUACCCAACCUGCAAGGAUUGAAAGCCGACCCGAGCCAGUCCAGGCCUUCCUUCUCCAUAGACAAUAUCAUCGGGGCUGCUCCAUCAAAUGCCCCCGGGUCGCCUUAUUCAACCCCGGCUGGAAGUCAAGCCCAGGUAUUGGCAAUGUUAACUCCGGCACUCACACAGUCCCAGAACCCCCUGAACUUAACACACGAAAAUGUUCUACAGACUGGACAGAACUUUACAAGUAAACUCACAAAUCUUAACACCUGUCACUAUUAA